GAAUUGCGAAAGUGAUGGGUUUGUUAAGUAUGUGAAGAUGAAAGUGCCUGAUACUUCGAAUUGUUUGUACCUGAAUCAGAGCAUGAACCUUGUUGAGUGCAGAGACAAAUGCCUGAGGAAUUGUUCUUGCGUGGCUUAUGCAAAUUCGGAUAUCAGAGGAGAAGGCAGUGGUUGUGCUUUGUGGUUUGGUGACCUUAAUGAUUUGAGGACUCUACCAGAUGCAGGCCAAGAUCUUUAUAUUAGAGUGCCAGCUUCAGAAUUAGAGACAAAGAAUGGACGCAAGAUCAAGAUAGGAAUUGCAGUGGGAGUCACAAUUGGCGUAUUAUGUGGCCUGGUCUUAGUUUUCUUUUUGGUCCGUAAAGGACGAACAAGGAGCAUUUUAAAAGAUCGUUCCAAGGAAGAACAAGAGGAAGAUCCAAAGGUCCCAUUGUAUGACCUAUCAGUUAUAGUUUCUUCCACUGAUAACUUUUCGCACAAAAACAAGCUUGGAGAAGGUGGAUUUGGAUCUGUAUUUAAGGGAACAUUAGAAAAUGGACAAAGAAUAGCAGUUAAGAGGCUCUCAAGCGGUUCUGGACAAGGGAUCAAGGAAUUUAAGAAUGAAAUUGCAUUAAUUGCCAAACUUCAGCACCGUAAUCUCGUCAAGCUGCAAGGAUAUUGCAUUCAGAAUGAAGAGAAAUUACUUAUAUAUGAAUAUAUGCCUAACAAAAGCUUGGAUUUUUUUAUAUUUGAUCAAACGAAAAAAAGGGUUUUGGAUUGGAAUACACGAUUUAAUAUCAUUCUCGGUAUAGCGAAAGGACUUCUUUAUCUUCAUCAAGAUUCAAGACACAGAGUUAUUCAUCGAGAUCUCAAGGCAAGUAAUGUUUUACUUGAUGAUGAGAUGAAUCCAAAGAUCUCAGAUUUUGGUUUAGCUCGAAUUUUAGGAGGAGACCAGACCACAGAAAUUACACGUUGUGUUGUUGGAACAUAUGGAUACAUAGCACCAGAAUAUGCGAUAGAUGGAAAUUUCUCAGUAAAAUCAGACGUUUUCAGUUUUGGUGUUUUAUUGCUGGAGAUAGUAUCAGGAAAGAAAAAUAGAGGAGACCAACAUCAAAACCAAAAUACAAAUCUUAUUGAACAAGCAUGGAAUUUGUGGAUUGAAGGGAGGCCUUUAGAUUUGAUAAGUGAAGACUUAAAAGAAUCUUGCAACGGCUCCGAAGCAUUGCGUUGCAUCCAUAUUAGUUUUCUGUGUCUUCAACAGCAUCCACAUGACAGGCCAAGCAUGUCGUUUGUGAUUAUGAUGUUAGAUAGUGAGAUUUGCUUGCCUCAACCAAAACAACCAGCUCUGUUUGUUGGAGAAUAUUAUUCUUCGUUAAAUAAGAGUAAUUUAAUUUCUGGUAAUGAAUUAAGUAUGUCCAUAUUGGAAGCACGUUAA